ACAAAUAUUAAAAGUGUGUUCAAAAUCAAAAAAAAGUCGAAGCAGCAAAAGCAAAAUUGAUCUUACGAGUAUUUAUUUUGUGAACCUUUGUCUUUAAGUGUUAAGAAGAAAGUCUUAUAGCGCAGUGUGCUGUAAUCAUACAAAAUAAAGUUGAAAAGUGUUAGUUUACUUACACAAGAAAAAAUUAACUCCGUAAAAGUGUUCAAAGUCGGCGUUGGAGGCGUGCGGAAAAACUAAAACAACAACUGAAAGAAAACUUGUGGAGAAAGCAGCAGCAAAAGUGUUUGACAACAAGCCGUGAGCUUGAUUUUUAUUAAUAGUAGGAAGAAGCAGCAGCACGAAAAAUAUAGUCGUAAUGGAAAUAUUGCCGCAAAAAUAUCUACUACAUGCAGCGCUAUUGCUGGUGUCCUGCAGCGUGGCCUUGGCGUGUCGCGGACAAUUAUUGGUUUCUGGCCUCUCUAACGGCGAGCGUGAGAUCAUCCUGCACGAGCACAACAAAUUGCGCCAACUGGUGGCAACGGGCCGCUAUCCAGGUCAACCGGGCGCUGAAAAUAUGCGUGAAAUCGUUUGGGACGACGAGUUGGCGGCGCGUGCGCAACAAUGGGCUAAUAACUGUGAAUUCCGUCAUGACCCCUUGCGAACGAUCAAUCGCUUCACUAUGGGUCAGAACUUGGCGAUUAUUUGGAGCACAGCCCCGCUCGAUGCCUCCGACGGCGAUUUUCCAUCACGCAUCCAAAGCUGGUUCAAUGAAGUGCAAAAGUACUCAUUUGGCGAUGCUUGGUCACCGAAGACUGGUCAUUACUCUCAGCUGGUCUGGGGUGAAACAAGUUUAGUUGGUUGUGGUUUCUCUGAAUACAAAGACUCAACUAAAUACAACAAGCUGUACGUUUGUAAUUAUGGACCAGGUGGAAACGUCGUCGGUUAUAAUCCGUAUCAGGUAGGUAAGCCAUCAUGUGCGACAUAUGGCUUGCGAUCGUCAGCGCGUUAUCAGGGCUUAUGCGCACCAUCGGUAGCGCCAGUUGUUAGCGCCAACGCCAUUGACACGUAUGAGUACAAACAAACUAGCAACAACAAAAAAAUCCCAUAUGCAACGCAACCAGCUACAACAUCAACCUCUUCUUCUUCUUCUUCCUCUUCCUCUUCCUCCUCCUCCUCUUCUUCUGUGUAUUCUUCCAAACAGGCGACGCACACAUUUGGUCAGCGUAAGACCGCAACAACAAAUUCCGCGUUUAGCGCCACACUACACAAGGCUACAACAACAACAAGCACAAGUGGCCACAAGACGUACACAACUCAGACCGGUGGCAGCAGCAACAAAUACAAGAACAAGCUCGAGGCAUAUCGCCCGUCCACAAGCGAAUUCCAGAGGUCCGUACAGAAGCACACCAUUCUGAGGACCUACCUGACCAAUCCCAAUUUGAGUGAGCAACAAUUGCAGCAGGAGGCACAAAAGCAACAACAACAAAAUGGUAAUGGCGAUGUCGCCACCGAAGUAUACGUUUUCGACGAAAGCAAACAACAACCACAACAAAUAGCAGCCAAUACAACACCGCAACCGGCCAAGCGCGGCUGGAGUCUCUUGACGUGGCGUGGCUAAAUCAUUUUCUGUGUGUAUGUGUCCAGUGAGUGGGUCGCUUGCCGUUACUUAUGUAAUGAUCGUGCAGCGACCAUUGUAGCGCAUAAUUGGAAGGGCAUUUAGGUUUCCAAAGUUGUGGAAAUAUUUUUAGUGUCAUUUUGUUGCAUGUGGCAAGUGAAAACUCCAAUACGAUUACUACUGUGUAGUAACGUCAAAUAUGUGUGCCGCUUCGCCACCAAAUUUAUUGAAAAAAUUAGAUGAAAAAAUGCCAGAAAAAAUACUUUUUUCACUAUGCGCCCUUCUGUUGUUGUAUUGCCAUUCAAAUUGUAUUUGUAAUUAGUGACUAUUGAUAAAACAAAAAUAUUCCUAAUAUUAACGAAAAAUUUAUGAAUUUAAAAUUCACACAGCUUUCAUUAGUUAGUAAGUAGCGCGCUCGCUAGUUAAGUCUAAAUACAAACUAUUACAUUUAUUUAAUUUAAACGAUCCUCAAAUUUUUGUCACAGCCACGCAAAAGUUCACAACUACCAAACACUGCCCACAGCCACGUCACAUCAAGCCAACAACUACAAUUUUCUCUUUUCGAAAACCGUUAAGAAUAAUCUCCAAUAGACUUCAAAGUUACAAGAUUUCAUCGCCUCAACUCAGGGCUUGCCAUCAAUUGCCCACAUAUGAAUCUACUCUUCAUAUAAUACAUAGAUACAUAGAUGUAUACCUAUACACAUACAUACAUAUAUGUAUAUCAACAACAGGCCAUAUGUCAGUUAGCGACCGAUAUUUCGCGCCAUUUUACUGCCGAAAACUGCCACCAGCGAUCAGCAUAGAAACAUACAUACAUAUAUACGCAACUAUUAUAUAAUUCAUAAACUAUCAUUUUAGUAUUAGUAAGAGAUAAGUAAAGAAAAUACAUACAUACGCAUAUGCACAUAAUAUACAAAACUAUGUAGUCGCCUAUGAUACGAAUGUUUGUAUCAAACGUUUGUACCCACAUUUGACUAACCCAUGCAUACAGUACACACAUACUAUGCAAAACAAUAGUGACUAAAGCAAAAGCAUAAAACAUAUACAUACGUACAUACAAUAUUAUAUACAUAUGUAAGCAUGUUCGAGUAUGUGUAUGCUAAAUUUGCUGAAUACCAUUUAGUCUAUAGUUAUUAGUUAUAAAAAGAGAAUGUGCAAAGAGUUUUGCAUAAAUAUCGCAUGCGAUUUUUUUUAACAAAAUGACUCUUGUAGAUUUUAAUUUUCACCGCCAUUUUUAUGCAAAACGCUUUGUAAUGAAUUAAUUGUAAAACAUUAAUGCAAUAGUGAUAAUUUUUAAGCAAAUAUUGUGUGAAGUAUU